ACAUGAUUUUGUGACAAGGCAUCAAAACAAAUAAGCCCCACUGAACUUUCCUUCACUUAACAUUAGCAUUUGAUCUUUAUUUCGCAAAUCAAACCACUUUUCUCCAACAACAUGAGCAACAUUCAUUUGGGAAAAGGUUCACAACCACCAACUUUUCCAGAAGAUGGAAAACUGCGUUUAUACUCAAUGAGAUUCUGUCCAUUUGCGCAAAGAGUUCACCUUGUUUUGGAAGCUAAAAAUAUUCCUUACCAUACUGCUUACAUCAACUUAAAGCAGAAACCUGAGUGGUACACCCAAAAAUCUCCUUUAGGAAAGGUUCCAGCACUUGAAAUUCCAACAAGCAAAGACGAUCCUUUAAUUGAAUCUUUGAUAAUUGCUGACUACUUAGAUGAUCAAUAUCCACAAAAUCGUCUAAACUCGACUGAUCCACUACAGCGGGCUCGAGAUAGAAUUUUAAUUGAGAGAUUCAAUGGUUUUAUUACACCUUAUUAUAAAUUAAUGUUCUCUCAAACUGGAGUUGAUGGCGCUCCAGGUGCUAUUACUGACGCAAUCAAUGCAUUAGAUGUCUUUGAAGCUGAGCUUAAAAAGCGUGGUUCUAAAUUCUUCAACGGUUCCAAGCCUGGAUUUGUAGAUUACAUGAUAUGGCCGUGGUGUGAACGAACUGACGCAUUCGCAUUUUUGUUGGGAGAUAAAUAUGAAUUAGAUAAAGUUCGAUUCAGCAAACUUAUUGAAUGGAAGGAUUUAAUGAAGGAAGACAAUGCUAUUAAAUCUCUUCUCAUUUCUGGUGAAGAUCAUUACAAAUUUCGUAGAUCAACAUUUAGAGCUGAAGGUCCCGAUUACGACUUUCUUCCUAUUCCAGCUAAGAGAAUUCGCACUAACUAAUCGAGUGAUGAUGAUAAGAGAUUGCAUCUAAAAGAACUCCCUUAAAUUAAACUAUAAUCGUUUGUUUAACACAAGGCUUGGUACUUGAAAGUUUUAAAUAUUUUAUUUUUUUAUAUACCUAAUACAAAAAUUAACUUUUCAAAUCAAAUUUAACAUCUGCACGGUUGGUACAUUGAUUGAUAUGAACAAGAUUUAUUUGCUUAUAAAUGUGAGACGAGAAUUAAACUUUCUUAAUUGUUUUCAACAUUUUUAAAUGCAAAUUGAAUGUAUCAAUAUAAUCUUUCUGGAAAAACAAAAAAAUUGGUUCUUUCUAAGUAUCUAUUUACAGAUUGCAAAAAUUUGCACAAAGAAGAAUUUCCUGGAAUAAAAUUAUU